ACCGCGCGCUUACUGCCGCUGUGGCACAUCGACGCAAUCACUCGCUAAAUCACCGCUCGAGACUCGUGGGUAUUUAAAUCGUCCACACCUAUUCAUCCCGAGGCAUAUGCGCUCUCUCUCUCCUCCGCUGCAACGCGUCGGCAGGCAGUGAAUCGACGCCACCGAGAGAUCUCGCAGGUAGAGAGAGGAAUUUUGAGCAUAUCAGCUAUGGCAUCGGUUGCGAGGCUGGAUCUUGACGGGAAUCCGAUCGAGCCGAUGACGAUCUGCAUGAUUGGGGCCGGGGGAUUCAUAGGCUCCCACCUGUGCGAGAAGCUGAUGGCCGAGACGCCCCACACGGUGUUGGCAGUGGACGUCUACUGCGACAAGAUCAAGCACCUACUCGACCCGGAGGAGGGGCAGGAGGCGUCGCGCGGCCGGAUCCAGUUCCACCGCCUCAAUAUCAAGCACGAUUCCAGACUGGAGGGGCUCAUCAAGAUGUCGGAUUUAACGAUUAAUCUGGCGGCAAUCUGCACUCCUGCGGACUAUAACACCCGUCCACUUGACACCAUCUACAGCAAUUUCAUUGAUGCUCUCCCAGUUGUCAGGUAUUGCUCAGAAAAUAGCAAGCGUCUCAUUCACUUCUCGACUUGUGAAGUUUAUGGGAAAACGAUAGGAAGCUUCCUGCCCAAGGACCAUCCUCUUAGAAAGGAACCUGAGUUUUUUGUGCUCAAGGAAGAUGCCUCCCCCUGUAUUUUUGGUUCAAUUGAGAAACAGAGGUGGUCUUAUGCUUGUGCAAAGCAGCUUAUUGAGAGGUUGAUUUACGCUGAGGGUGCAGAAAAUGGUCUUGAGUUCACCAUUGUGAGACCUUUCAAUUGGAUUGGACCGAGGAUGGACUUCAUUCCUGGGAUUGAUGGUCCUAGUGAGGGUGUUCCCAGGGUUCUUGCAUGCUUCAGUAAUAAUCUGCUGCGCCGUGAGCCUUUGAAACUUGUUGAUGGCGGUCAAUCUCAACGAACAUUUGUGUACAUCAAGGAUGCAAUUGAAGCAGUUCUGCUGAUGAUAGAAAAUCCUGCUCGAGCUAACGGCCACAUCUUUAACGUGGGAAAUCCUAACAAUGAAGCCACUGUAAAACAACUUGCUGAGAUCAUGACCCAGGUUUACGCAAAAGUAUCAGGGGAGCCUCCUUUGGAGGUGCCUACAAUUGAUGUUAGCUCGAGAGAGUUCUAUGGCGAAGGAUACGAUGAUAGUGAUAAAAGAAUUCCGGACAUGACAAUUAUUAAUAAACAGCUUGGUUGGAACCCGAAAACAUCUCUAUGGGACUUGCUGGAUUCCACAUUGACUUACCAGCACAAGACCUAUGCUGAAGCCAUCAGGACGUCACUUGCAAAGCCUGCUGCAUCCAGCUAGAUGCUUGCUUUUCGUUUCUGCAUAUAUAUAUAUAUAUAUAUUGCAGAUCAUAUAGAUUUUGCUAGUGAGUUGCUACGUGCCAUUCUUUCUAUUGUGACUUUUAUAACCAGCUUAUGAUCCAUUUAUUUAUCGUGGGAAGUAUCAGUUACCUAAGACAGGAAUGUGGGUCUUUUGACAGCCUAUAACAAUUGAUUACAUUUGAACUUUUGAGGUGAUGACUCAACUUUUAUUUUAUUCA